AUGAAAGUCGCUGAUAAUGUAAACCCUAACGUAUAUGAGAAGGGCUCGGUACGAGAAGUUACUAAAAGCGAUUUGGAUGAAGAGCUGAAUGAUGAUUUUGACCAACGUGAAAUUUUUGAUAUCAUCCGAAACAUCAGCGACCCAGAACAUCCCUUGACUUUAGAAGAACUUCGUGUUGUCGAGGAGAGCAAUGUUAUUAUUGAUAAUAAAAAUAAUUUGGUACAUGUGUACUUUACACCAACAAUUCCCCAUUGCAGCAUGGCAACGUUGAUAGGUCUUUCAAUUCGAGUCCAACUUCUCCGAGCCCUGCCAAGCAGGUUUAAAGUGACGGUUGAAGUGACAGAAGGAACUCAUGUAUCAGAACAUGCAGUAAACAAACAGUUAGCGGAUAAAGAAAGGAUUGCAGCUGCAUUAGAGAAUAACAACUUGGUGCAAAUUAUAAAUCAGUGUGUUCGAUCUGUUUAG